AUUGCAGCGAUGUUCAACAUUGGUGUGGAGCUGGAUGCGGCCAAAGUCCUGUAUGCGCUAGCGGAAGAAUGCUGUCGAAAGAAAUGCUCACUGCAGCAGUUUCGCUCCUUAUGUUGCACAUUCUGA